AUGUUCGUAUCAUCGUGUCGAGCAUUUACACAACGAAAUUCUUCGUAUAUAUUAUUAAAUAUAUCAAUAUCUUCUUCAAAUUCUUCACGUAGUUCACAUAUAAGCGAUGGUGAAUGGAUUAUAAAUAGUAUAUCAUUAAUUAUCUUUGUCCUCGCCGUACUUGGAAAUACUGCUGCACUUUUUGUUAUGUUUGGUUCUCGAGGACCAAUCAAAUUAACAAAUAAUAAAUAUUUAGUUAAUUUAGCAUGCGCUGAUUUAUUACGUGCAUGUUUUAUGCCGUUUACUAUUAUUGCAAGAGUCAAACGAAAUUUUGUCUUUGGACCACUUAUUUGUAAAAUUUUACCAAUUAUUCAAGGUUUAAGUGUUGCUGUUGAUGUCUUUACUCUUGUUUGCAUAAGUGUAGAACGUUACAUAGCAAUAUGUCGUCCAUUAUUAAUUCUUAAACUUCAAUCUCUUCGAUUUGCUAAUUUUCUGAAUGGUCUGAUUCUAUUUUUAAUAUGGUCAUUAGGCCUUUUAACGGCUUUACCAAAUAUUUCAAUGUAUAAUUUAUGUUCUUUACCUAAACUCGGAAGAUUCAAAUGUGAAAAAGUAAAACCACAAUAUUUUGAUGAAAGAAUUUAUAUGGUUGCCUUGGAUGUUUUUUAUUUUUUGAUUCCAAUGCUUGUCAUGCUUGUUCUAUAUACAUUAAUUAUUUGUAAAAUAUAUAAAAAUAAUACGGCAACCAGAAUGAGAUUUUCACAAUAUAAUUAUUCAAGUAAAACUCUAUCAAAUUCAUCAAAUUCUUCAAGUCUUCGUGGUAAUAAUUCUCGUCAACGUCAACGUAUGUCCUUAGAUUAUCAUCAAUAUAAUUCUAAUGGACAAAAAUCAAAUAAUGAUAUAUCAAAAUUUGAAAUAGUUGGACGUAUAUCAUCUCAACAAAGUAGUUCAAGAUCAAAAUCAGGUUUAAAUGAUGAUGAUUAUCAAAUAACAUCUUCAUGGCCAAAAAAUGUAAAUCAUAAUAAAAAAAAUCCUUUAACAAAUUCAUUUUCUAAUCCAAUAUCAAAAGAAAGAAAACCUUCAAAAAUUUUUUAUAAUUCAAAUCAUUCAUGUAGAAGUAGUAAUAAAAGUUAUCGUUCAUCAACAAAUCAAGGAACUUAUCAUAUGGAUCGUCAUCGUCGUAAAGCACUUAAACUUUUAAUUGUUAUUAUUGUUGAAUUUUUUAUUUGUUGGACACCAUUAUUUAUUUAUCAUACAUUUGGUACAUUUGAUAAAAAAUUUUAUCGUUCAAUGCCAACUAUUUUAUUUGAUUUAAUUCUUCUUUUUUCAUUUGCAUCAUUAUUAUGUAAUCCAUUUACUUAUUAUUUUAUGUCAAAAAGAUAUCGAACGGUUUUAUAUGCAUAUUUAUCAUGUUGUUGUUGCAAACAAAUAAAUAUUAAAUUUAAUAAAAAAGAUCAAGAAGCACGACAUAUUGUUGAAGCUUUACGUUUACAUCAACAACAAAAUUCUCUUGAAUACAAACAAAAACUUAAUAAACAAAAAUCAUCAUCACCUAAUUAUAUAAUACAUCAAACUAAACUUAGAUCACACACAGUACAAUAA